AUGAAUCCUGGUUGUGAUUUACCCCAAUGUAAAACUCCUGAUCAACCAGCUAUAUUUUAUGCCAAUCAUUAUGUGGGUGAUGAUACAAUUCAUAUUUUAUAUUCAUCGUUAGAUGAAUUAACAAUUAGUAUUAUUCAAACAAAAAAAGGUUAUGGUCCACAUAUAAAUUAUACUGCUUUAUUCAAUAGAAAUUAUCGUGAUUCAAUUUCAUUUGGUGAUACAACACCAAUAAAUUCAUUAUCAUUAAUUCUUCGACGUUUACUUAGAUUUAAUGAUAUAAAUGAUACAGGUUAUUUAAAUCCAAAUGAUACUACUAUUCAAUCAUAUUGGUUAAAUGAUUUAAGUACAAACAUUACUUAUCGAGAUAAUAAUACAGAUCAACCAUCAUUUCAAUUACUAUUAAAAGAAAAAGAUAUCAAUGGUCUUUUAACUAUUGAUAUAAAUUAUCCAGGUGAAUCAAUACGUGAUACAAAAUUUCCAAAAUUACGUUCAACACCUAAAAGUUAUUUUCUUAAUAUAGCUUUAAAAGCUGAUAAUUAUACAUCACCAAAAACACGAUUUGCUAUGGAAUAUUAUAUAAUACAAUUAGGUGUUGAAGGUACACAACUAUCUACAUCAAAAUAUAUCGAUGAUCAAUAUACUCCAGGUAUAUUUAAUGUAUGGCGAGUAGAAUCGCUUAGUCCAAUAUAUUUAUCAUCGAUGUUAUGGAAACCUGUUGUAUAUCAAAGUGAUGAUCGAUCUAUUGAAAAAAAUACUUUAAUGAAUGUAUAUAAUUUAAGUAAUAAGAUUAAUUUACAACCAUUAGUUGAUCAAGGAAUUUUCAUUGCACUUUAUAAAAAACCAUAUGUAUCUGGAUUUAAUGUUUCAUUUGGUCGAGCAAAUGAUGGUUUUUUUACUAAAUCGAAUUAUACAUUCAUUCAAUUUACAGCUGGUUUAGAAAUACUUCAAACGGAUUCAAUAAAACAAUUUGUUACACUUGCACUUUUAUUGAGUCUUGCUAUACCAUGUUUAGUUGCAGUCAUAGCAUUUAUAUUUAUUAUGAAACGUCGAUGUACAAGACAAAAUACAACUAGCUAUGAUAUUAUUGAUGAUUAA